UGAGCCGCCCUGUGUUGCGGAGAACUGCACCAGGAAAAGGGGAACAAUGCUUUUCCCGUUCGAGACCGGGAUCGCUCGUUGAUUGCACCAUCAUUGUGCUGAUUGUGAGAAUAAUUGAUAAAUGGAAUUCUUCUGGGAGAUUGCGCAGAGGAUGCUUCGGUGUUGGAUAAUUUUAGAAAGCUGUCGGUGGUGGAUUAUUUUACUACACACGAAGAAUGUAGAUGAUAAUGAAGGAAUGCGAAAUGAUGAUAACCGCCGAUGAAUCAAAUGCUAUUUUGGUAUGCAGAAACGCUGACUCAUGAAAAAUUAUUAUCUUAAAAGAAUUUUGAAUUGGGAAAUACGUAAUUUUGUAAAUUACGAAAAUGAAAAAGUUAGGGGAAAAAAUUUGCCACGUGAACAUAAACUGCGAACAAAAUUUCGAGCCUUACGUAGUAAAAAUAGAAAUCGCCAACUACUAAAGUUCUUUGGCAAGAAAGUUAAACAAAGAAUAAGAUAGGCGCCGCAAAUAAACAAGGACAAAAAUGAUAAAGCAAUCGUUGGCGUAACGUCGUGCACGUACUAUCGUUUGCUCGAUCGCAACUAUAUCGCGUGUACAGGACAAGAAACGUGCCUGCUAUUUGAUCGUCCGUAAAUCGAGUAAUGCUUUCACGUCGACCUAGUAACGGAACUUUUCGGCGCAAUUGUUUCACCGCGCUCGAUAACAGUGAUGCUUCAAUAUUUACUCCAGAAGCGAAACCAAUUAACGAAUAAGCAAUAAAAAAAAGAAGGAAGGCGAGACGAGAAAGGAGCAGGAGGGAAGCGGGUAAGAGCGGCCAGCUACAUUCAUUGUCAGCGAACAGCAUAAAAAAGAAACAGAGCACGCGGAAUACGAGUCAAUAGAGCGGAAGAUGGAAUUUCCACUUCGCUAUAGAAAAAGUGAAACUAGUUCCCACGCGAGCGACGAUAAAAUAUUAAUGCUAUCGAUUCCACCGUGAAACCCCAAGAAAAAGCCGCUAUAAAAUCAAUUUUUUUUCGAGCUUCACCGCAUAUUGCAUACGUAAGAGAGGACAGCUCGUGGUUUAUCGGUAUUGCGAUAAGAAACAGAGGAUACAGUCUCCACGGUGGUGACACGCUUCACCGGAUUCACAGAAAGUCCCCACGAUUGAUAUACGCGAUAGACAAUCUGCAUGGCUCGAACUUCCCUUUGAUUCAGAUUUCAUUCACUGUUUCUUGCGUGCUGCUUUCGGUUGCAACUUCGGUGGCAGAAACGCAGAAGUUCGCGCGCACUUUUCAUGGUCGAACUACGGUGACGCGAGCAACUGGUUGCAUCGAUGACCACGAGCUUCGACUGUGAGAAAUGACGGAAGUUGGAAUGCUCGUGUAUCCGUUAGCGUGUUUCGUAAGAACGAAUUAGAUGAUAAGGGCUUUCAAGCGUGCGACGGUGGAAUUAAUUCCGCUAGAUGGUAACAGAUACAACAGGAAAAUAUAUCUCUCGAUUAUUUAAAUACCUUGUCAGAUCAUCUCUCUUCUCCGAUCUUUCUGCAUCGAUGAAUUUAAUGAUAUUCUCAAUGAUAGUUAAAGGAAUACUGAGAAAAAAUUGUCUUCCUAAGACAUACAUACGAAGCAAACAUCGUAGACAUUCUAAUCGAUGACAGUGAUGUCGUGCUCUCCUAUGAAUCAUGGCAUGACGGCUAAACGCAUAGCGCAGUAAACCGCAACGUCUGUUUUGAAAGUUAAUCGCUACGAUGCAGCAUUGAAAUUCGUAAUACGUGGCAGGGAGCCACAUCCAUCGCAUACGAAGCUCCGAUAAGUGGUCGACAAAACUACGACCGUCAAAACCGCAUAGAAAACUCCGUAUCUAGAAUGCUAGAUGCUCGCAGAAAUCCACGUUGCGAAUAGCUGUAAGCGAAAGGGAUUGCGCACGAAACCGAAUCGUAGCAAAUAUUUAUAUAGGAACUGCAACCGAGAAGCGCCGCGCAACAUUUACCAUUUUUCUCUUAAAUCCACGUAUAUGCGUCUGUUUUCACGAUACAGUAAGUCCAACAAAUUCACUUUACCAUUUGUACGUAUAAGUGAAUAUUCAUGGAUUUUUACGCGAUGUAAAUAUUCAUAAAUUGGCCCAGCUAGACUGUUUGUCGAGCAAAAUAACGAAACGUCCGAUUAAAAUAAUCGCUACGCUGAAUUAUUUUUCCAGGAAAUUUAAUAUGCAAAGCCUGGAUGAUCGUGUGAUCGGUACGCGGUUGCUGAAACUUGAUUUCAGAGAAGCGGACAGGUUAACGCCGAAGAACGACUUGAUGACGCGUUGGAUUUUAAAUCUAGGCUAGAGUCGAUACCCGUUCGACGAGAACUGCGCGGUAAGAGGACCAGCCACCGGUAAUAUCCGGACUGUUUUCACGUUCUACGCGACAACUUUUAGCGGAGCAAUGUAAUCUCGCCGUGGUACGUGUCAAGUACCGUGCGAUAAGACAUGGAACGUUACGAUAAUUGAAUACACAAUUGUUUCGGCCGAUACCGAAACGCGGCGGAACAUAUCGCGCGUGAAAACAGUGGUGCGCGAUGGUUUCACAGCAGGUAGCCUGGAAAUACGGCCGCUUAAACGCGAAUCGAAUGUUUUUCAAUCGAAAAUCCGUGUUCAUCGAGAUUGAUUCGAAGAAAUUCCAUCAAAGAUGAACUUGUUCUAUUGCAGGCUUGCUCAUCGGAUACACGAUGAGCGUAUUUUCCCUUACAAUUGGCGCAUGUUAUUCGAAAUUCUCGUAAAACUGUGGUCGGAUUGCAGUGGGUUUGCAGUCCAAGAUGCUCUCGUUCUUUUCAGCAACGAAUACUUCUCUGUUUGUGGAAACGCGACGAAGUUUCUAGAUACUUGGCUUACUACAAGCUUUUGAAGGACUCUGUAGUACUGACCCACGGUGGAUUUCACUUUUGAACAAUCGACUUAUUUUUCUUUCCGCUGUUCUUUUUUUUCAAGUUUAUCCAGUGUGCUCGAACGAGAAGAAUGCGAGGCAUUUGCGAAUCUGCGAAUCCAGGAGGGCUUGUUCUAGAAACACUUGCGCGCAACGCGCCGAGAGAAUGGUAAAAGAGGUCGGAACUGUUACGGCAAUUGUGUGUGCGCGUUGUAAAGAUAACGACGCUCUCAUGGCAAUACCUGCACGGUUAUCAUUAAGACCAGCACCGGUUGAAAACGUUACGCGGCCAAGAGACGCGGAGGUUGUUCGUCGGCGACGCCAGGCAUCCUACAUUUUCGUCCGGUUCCAGUUUGCUUACGCAACUUUCGCGGAUGCACAGUAAUGCACAUACACGAUACAAAGGGAAAGAAUCGCUGGGAAAAAGAAGAGGAGCGUCGUGGAACGCGCACCAUUUCUGCCGCGUGGAAUUCGAGGAUCGUAAACAGUUGACAUUCGCUGCGAUUUAUGCGACUAUGAAUGGCUGACAUUUGAAUAUUACGCAGAUUUCUUCGACGAGCGCAGUCACGGCUAUGCUCGCGGCGUGUUACUGUUAUGACCGCCAUUAUAUAGAAUUUAUUCGUUGUACCGUUACACGGAGUGUUCGUUUACAACGGUGGCGUCCAAUUUUCAUCGCGAUGCGACCGACGAUAAUGAGGAAGGCGCCCGUGCCAAAUUCAGACGAACUCGUUUGAGCGUCAAUUUCGUCGUCAAAGAUCCUUCUUAUGCGAAGAGGCUGAUUGGCAGACGUUACGAUGAUCCAUCAGUCCAAGCUGACAUGAAACAGUGGCCGUUCACCGUAGUUAACGACGGAGGAAAACCGAAAAUCCGAGUUCGGUACAAGGGUGAGACGAAGUCCUUCUUUCCCGAAGAGAUCUCGUCGAUGGUUUUGACGAAAAUGAAGGAAACGGCGGAAGCUUAUUUAGGAAAGUCCGUCACGAACGCCGUGAUUACGGUACCAGCGUACUUCAACGAUUCCCAGCGACAGGCUACCAAGGACGCCGGUACUAUCUCCGGCUUGAAUGUCCUGAGGAUCAUUAACGAGCCGACUGCCGCAGCUAUUGCUUACGGCCUCGACAAAAAGGGCCGCGGUGAAAGGAACGUUCUGAUCUUCGAUCUCGGCGGCGGUACUUUCGACGUAUCGAUACUGACUAUCAACGACGGCAUAUUCGAAGUGAAGGCCACUGCCGGUGACACCCACCUGGGUGGCGAGGACUUCGACAGUCGCAUGGUGACACACUUCACACAAGAGUUCUCAAGAAAGUUUAAGAAGGAUCUGGCGACGAACAAACGAGCUGUUCGUCGGUUGAGAACAGCGUGCGAACGCGCCAAGAGAACCUUGUCCUCAUCGACGCAAGCCAACAUCGAAAUCGAUUCCCUGCUCGAUGGCAUCGACUUUUACACGUCCAUCACGCGCGCUCGCUUCGAAGAGCUCAACCAAGAUCUCUUCAAGUGUACGUUACAGCCAGUUGAGGAAGCUCUGCGCGACGCCAAGAUGGACAAAUCUCAGAUUCACGACAUCGUGCUCGUCGGUGGCUCGACUAGAAUUCCACGAAUCCAGAGGUUCCUUCAGGACUUUUUUAAUGGAAAGGACCUUAACAAAUCGAUAAAUGCGGACGAGGCUGUGGCGUACGGGGCGGCAGUGCAGGCGGCCAUAUUGCAGGGUGACAAGUCCGAAGCCGUACAGGAUCUGCUGCUCCUGGACGUGACUCCGUUGUCCCUCGGGAUAGAGACCGCCGGUGGCGUGAUGACCGCUCUCAUCAAACGCAACACCACGAUCCCGACCAAGCAGACGCAAACUUUCACUACCUACUCGGACAAUCAACCGAGCGUCCUGAUCCAGGUUUACGAGGGGGAGAGAGCAAUGACCAAGGACAACAACCUCCUGGGAAAAUUCGAGCUUUCUGGGAUUCCGCCGGCGCAUCGAGGCAUACCGCAAAUCGAAGUGACCUUCGACAUCGACGCGAACGGUAUCUUGAACGUGUCUGCCGUGGAGAAAUCAACGAACAAGGAGAACAAGAUAACGAUAACCAACGACAAGGGACGACUCAGCAAGGAGGACAUAGAACGAAUGGUGAACGAAGCGGAAAGAUACCACGCGGAAGACCAAUCGCAGAAGGAGAGAAUCGCGGCGAAGAACAACCUCGAGUCGUAUUGCUUUAACGUAAAGAAUUCCAUCGAGGAUGAGAAUAUCAAGGCGAAGAUUGCGGAAGGAGACCGGAAACUCAUAGCUAACAAGUGCAAUGAAAUCAUCAAGUGGCUCGAUAUCAAUACUUCCGCCACUAAGGAGCAGUUCGAGAAUAAAUUAAAAGAUGCUGAAAAAGUUUGUAAACCGAUUUUUACCAAAUUUUACAACAGCACAGGAUACGGGCAAAAUUAUAGCUCUUCGGCCAAUCCAACGAUAGAGGAAAUAGACUGACUGGAUAUUUACCCUCGGUAGGUUAUACCGCGUGCCGCCGGUGCUUUGAUAAAACUUUUCACGCGAUAUUUAAAAUUCGUUGUUCAUAUUUUUCGCACGACUCUAUAUUAAACGAGCUUAAUUCCGAACGAUCAAAAUAUUUGUGAACCCAAGACAAUUGAACGCUUGUAAGCAAUUAAAACAGUUCACAAGGUUGAAUCAUAAAAUAAACGGCUCCACGUUAA